CUUCCACUACCGCUCCUACAGUAAAUAUUUGUGUUUGCUCAACCGGCUGUAAUGGUGGACGACUGAGGCAGAGGAAAACGGAAUACAACUAGAGUGACGAAAGAGAGGAAAAACGGUCGAAAGUCUGCUCCAGAGCCAGCCGCCGCGACUAGGACACGGGCUUCGUCGAAAAUGGAUGAACUCAAACAUCAAGUCAUGAUUAACCAGUUCGUCCUGACGGCGGGUUGUGCGGCAGACCAGGCGAAGCAGCUUUUGCAAGCGGCACAUUGGCAGUUUGAGACUGCCCUCAGUGCCUUUUUUCAAGAAACAAAUAUUCCAUAUGGCCAUCAUCAUCAAAUGAUGUGCACCCCAGCCAACACACCAGCGACGCCCCCAAACUUCCCAGACGCGCUGACCAUGUUCUCCCGGCUGAAGGCGUCCGAGAGCUUCAACAGCAGCAGCGGCAGCCCCAUGGCCGCCUCCAUGGCCACCUCGCCGCCUCCCCCCCAGGUCGGCGGCUGGGGAGUCUCACCAAAUGUACCUAACGUGCCGCAGCCUCCACAGGGACUCUGGACUCAGGGGCAGCCCCCGACGCAGCCCUGCCCCGCCUGGCCCACGGGGGUGAACCCGCACGCAGGGGCCGAGCAGAAGGCUAGCGUAGCGAUGGAGGCGGAGAGAUGAAGGGCCGCGUGGGACUGAAGCGCCCCCCGCCCUCCCUUACACCCGGAGGAGCCGAGGAGGGAGGGGGAAUCAGGGGAUGGAUGCGGGGAAGGCUGGGAGGCGAUGAUGCAUAGAAAUGGGUCUGGAUCUUUUUCCCAAAACGCGGAGGAUAGCGGAAAGAGAGAGAGAAUCUACGCAAACCAAGAAAAACUCAACGUGGACAAUUUAAGAAGAGGAGAAAACCAAUGCAAACGUCAGUACAAAAAAAAAAAAAAAGAAAAGAGAAAAAAAAAGAUACGCACACACAUAGUAAUAAGAGAGCAACUGAGAUCUUUGUUAGUUUUUUCCUAAGUAAAUGCAUAGAUGAAAGAAAUAUUAUUGAACUAAAAAAAAAACAAGAAAUGAAAAAAAAAAUUGUCGCGCCCAAGGAUUCUAUGUGAUGUUCAAGGACAUUCAAGGCAGCAAACUUCAGUUUUAUUUUUUAGUUUUAUCUGAUUUUUUUUUUUUUUUUUUUCGUUUCGUUUCAUCUUUUCCACCAGUGUUUUUUAGCCACUGGUUUUCUGUGUUUCUGCAACAGUCUGUGCUGCAUGAGGAGAGAGGAACUUGCGAUGCAGUGUUUUAGAUUGACUCAAAAAUCAUCACGCACUUGAGUGUGACUGUGGACGCAUGUGAGCGGGUGGUCAGUUUGUAAUCAAAAAUGUAUACACACACAUACAUAUAUAUAAAUAUAUAUAUAUAUAUAUAUUCACACAGACACACACACACACAAACACACACACGCUAGGGUUUAGAGGAAACACCUCCAUGUUGUCAUCCCCAUCCUUAAAGGUGGGACUUUUCUUACCUCACCUGGUGGUCACCUGACUUCUUUCAGCCAAUCAGGGAUUCUUCUUAAACCAACUGUUGCCGCCGCCGCCGACGCAGGACAUGUUUUUAAAGUUUUUUUUUUUUUUUUCUUAAAGGCAGCAGCCACUCUGGUUUAUGCUAACUGAUCCUCGCUGUAAUGGCUUUUUCCUGACACAGUUUUAAACCUGGACUCUACAACUGUCCACUUUUUUUCUGGAGAUUUGGGUUAUUACAAGAAAAAGUGAGAAAUCAUGGUUUAAUAUAAUAUCGUUUGUAAUGCUAAUUGUUCUGUUUUCGUUGAAGGGUUAAGGGAGGUGGCUUCGGACAUGGGUGGGACUUCAGGUUGUUGUUUUCUUCUUUUUUUUUUUUGAAAGUGAGUGAAUCAAAUGCAGCUAAAAUUGCUACAGUUAAAAAAAAAAACACGACUACUCCAUCUUUGUAAACAGAAUUGCCACUUUGCAUGAUGUGUUCAUAACGUGUAACAUCUUUUGUAGCAAACAUACAUGAGGGCGAGACAUGUUGUGAUAUGGGACGGGGUGGACAUAAGAGGUGGGAAGUGGGAGGGGGAGUGGGAGGGGGGGUCAUUCCCAAAGUUCAUAGAAAUGCAAUAGACGUCUCGCUGUAAACACGAAAUUGGAUUAAUACGAGAAGUAAACAAAAGUGUGUGUGAGACAGCUUCAGGAAGGCCACCGCAGGUCAUUUGGGGACACUACAGACUACUUUCAGAUCUACCGUUUAUAUACGCCCUCUAGAUACUGUACCGGGGAGGGCUUUGUACAACAUUUAGGUUUCUAAUUUCGACCAGUCCUUGGUCCACUGAUACUGGACACUUCAGGGAUGACCCUGACACACGGCAAUAUUUUAAAUGCAGGGUCUGCCCCCUCCUUUUUUUAGUUUGUCCUCUUUGGAUUAUUUUUUACAUUCAUUAAAGAAAAGAGAGUAAUAAGAAAUAUUUUGAAUAGCAGAGGGUCUCUUGUUUUUAAAGGAUUAAAAAUUAUUAGGAAAAUUAUGAAUAUAAUAAUGAAAAAAAAAAUAACUUCCUUUUUAUUAUUUAGACUAAACACAUGUUCAUCCUUUGUCCAUGCUUCAUACUUUAUUUGGUUAAAUCAGAGCGUUUCUGGGUGGGCCUGUUCCUAAAUGGUUUCUCAUGUAUGUUCCCCCCCUUGUAUGACUGUAUGAGACCAUUCCCACAAUAUUUGUGGACUACCUGAUAAUUAACUUAUCAUUUUUGUGAACCUAAAUAAAUAUUGUAUGUCAACCUA